AUGUCUCCAGAAAAUUCGGACGUUUGCAAGAAACUGUUGAUGUUUGGAGCGACGGGGUUGAUAGGGACAUACAUUGUUCAGGCGAUUGUUCAGAACAAGGCACAGUUUGAUCGCAUAGCCAUCUUCACCUCACCAUCGACGGUGGAGUCCAAGGCAGAUCAGAUUGAUUCUCUGAAGAAAGAGGGAGUAGAAGUCAUCGUUGGCGACAUCAACAACCCAGACGACGUAGUCAAGGCGUAUAAAGACAUCGAUACCGUCAUUUCAGCUGUCGGCAGGAACGUGAUCGGGCAUCAAGUCGAGCUCGUCAAGCUCGCAGAUCAAAGUACUUCGGUUAAGAGGUUGUUCCCGUCCGAGUACGGAACAGACAUCGAAUACGGACCACAGUCUGCCACUGAGAAGCCGCAUCAGCUCAAACUCAAGGUCCGGGCUGCAUUGCGAGAAUGCAAGAAUCUGGACCACACCUACGUCGUCACAGGACCGUACGCGGAAUUCUUCCUUGCCCACAACGCCAACUUCACCGAAGCUGGAACAUUCGACGUCAAGAAUAAGACGGCCAAACUGAUUGGUGAUGAAAAUGUCAAAAUCAGCUUCACCACCAUGCGCGAUGUUGGUAAGCUGGUGGUACAUGCUCUGCUGAAACCGGAAGCAAGCCGCAACCAGGCGUUGAGGGUGAAUUCUUUCACCGCCACGAAUGCUGAUAUACUUCACGAGUUUGAGAAGCAGACAGGUGGUCAGCCUUGGGAGGUUUCGUACAUUGGCCUGGAGGAUUUGAAGAAAAAGGAGCAGGCAGCGUGGGAGUCAGGAGUUCCAUUCGCGACGGCCUUUACUCUAAAGAGGAUUUGGGCAGAGGGCGGUACCUUGUAUGACAAGCGUGACAACCAUCUCAUUGACGCUGGGAACGAUAUGGAUUCGCUGGAAAUAGCCGUAGCCAACGCUGUCAAGGCGCAAACGAGCCCAAGUAAAAUGUAGAAGAGAAUCCAGUGUCGGAUGAAUCACGAGGAGUGUAUACGUUACACCGAAGCAUUUUGUUGCUCGGUAUGGAACAGCAAUUACCAAAGCCGGGCGAGAUAGGAAUGUCAAGAUAUGUCUGCAA